AUGUUGUUCAACGCCAAAUCCAUUGUCCUCUAUGGACUCAUCGCAUUGAGUUCAGCUUCCCCACUGGCAGAAUUCAGCAAGCGAGCCAAGAUCAGUGACUACAAGUGUCCCGAUGGCGAGGAAAUCUCGGAGAGCGAUAUUCGAAAAGCGUUCCACGAGUGCCGCCGACACGACGACGGUUCCAUCGGCAAGUACCCAGCGUACUUUGGCAACCAAAACAACGGGGAAAAAGUUCUCGCCAAUGUUCCUGAUGGCACUGAUUUGCGAGAGUUCCCCAUUAUCAAGGAUGGAGUAUACACUAGCGGAUCACCUGGCAAGUAUCGAGUGGUCACGGACUACAAGGAUAAUAAGGGCGAUUUCCGUGGGGUGAUCCAGCAUACCGGCGCAACCGUCGGAGGCGCCUACACGGCCUGCGAGAAGAUCUGA